UUUUGGAACUUAAGCCACUUGUAAAUUGGAACCUGCGUAUGUAUCAACUCACUUGAUGACUUUGCUCCCUGAGAGCCUCACUAGUUAACCCGCAGGAUAUCUGGACCCCUAUGGAUUGAUUGUCUCUGCUGGAUUUGCUGGUUAAGCAGGUGAGCGGGUCCCAGUCUAGAGAAAGCUAGAAAGGACAGAACGUCUAGUGGUUUACAGAUGGCCACGCCGCAGAAGACUCGACUAGCCCUUCCUCAGAGAGAAGGGGUCCAGGCAGCUGAUGUGGUGCCCACCUCGCCUAACCUGAAGAGCGGCUGCUUCAACCAUCCUCUGCACCAGAGGCUCCACCACCCCACCCGGCGCAGCUGCAGUCCCACCUCAGCUCCAACUCCCAAAUUGUCAAAGAAGCCCAAAGUGCAUGCAGCUGGGGACAUGUUCCUCACUGAUUGGAGCCCACCACCCAUAGAAUUCCUGAACCUGAGGGCACCACAGGCCAGUAGGGGGGCCCCAGCACAGCGGAGGGUGGGCCCAGGGGGUCCUCAGGGCCUGAAGACAUGGACUCCCCAGCUGCCUGAGGAGUUAGGCCAGGAGCCCCAGGACUCGGACCCCCGGGGGAGCCUGACCUUGCUAGAGGAGCUGUUCUGGAAUAUGGAAGGUCCAAGCCAGAGGGCUACAGAUCCAGUGGUGGACAUCCACACCUCGUUCACCUCUGGGGCCUCAGAGAGCUAUGUCAACAGCUUAGAUUACUUACUGCAGGAGAAACGGGAACAGGCCCUGGAGCAGGAGCAAGAGAAGCUGCUUCUGCAUGGCUGUCCUGACCUCCACUCCCUGGAUCUGGAUGAAGAUGAGGUGCCUCUCACACCUGAGCACAGGAUGCUGGUGGAGAGGUUCUCCAUGAAACUGCAGGUCAUCCCACCAGUACACCCCGGUGAGACUGUGUUUCUACCCAGGCAUCAGCCCCUGCAUUGCAUCCUGGACUGUUCACACCUGAAGCCACGUAGCCAUCUGGAAGGGCUCUUCCUCAGCUGCCCGCUGGCCCAGCAGCUCUCCUUCCUACACAGUGGCCUCCUGAGCAACCUCUACCUGCACAUGCCUGACUGCCCUGUGCCCCUGCUCCAGUGGCUCUUCCAGCUGCUGACAUGGCCUCCAGAAACUUCUUCAGGAGCCUUUGGCCUCCUGUGGGAUCUCAGUGUGGAUGGGCUCUUUCAUCAGUCUGAUGGAGACAAGCACUUGUGGUGCCCCUCCCUGCAAGAGGUCACCAUGGCGGUUCGCAGCCUGGGAGCCUGCAGCCCUGCUCUGGGCCUGCGCGAGCCCUGUCAGCACAGUGGGGGAGUCCUUGAAAACAGCACGAGCCUGAGCUGCAGUGAGCAGCAGGACGCCCCCCUGGAGAUUGCCUUGGACAUUAGCCUGAGCUACAUCUAUAAGUUCCUAGCAUUGUGUGCCCUAGCCCAGCCAGGGGCCUACACCGAUGGGGACCUCCUGGGCCUGAUUGAGCUGCUGUGCCGAGUUGGGUUGGAUGUGGGGCUCCGCCUGCUGCCCAAGACUGAUCUUCAGCAGCUUUUGCUCCUGCUCCUCGAGAACAUCCAUGAGUGGCCAGGCAAGCUCCAGAAGCUGUGCUGCACCCUGAGCAAGGUGUCAGAUCACCACCACAACCUGCUGGCACUUGUGCACUUCUUCCUGGACGUGACCUCCCGGAGCAGGCAGCUUCGAAGCCAGCUCAGCCUCAUGGUCAUUGCCCGGAUGCUGGACCAGCAAGAGACGCUCUUUCUCUGGCAAGAGAAGGCCCAGCUGUCUUUGCUUGGCCAGCUUCUGAGCCUCAUGAGGCCAUCGUCCCUCAGACAGUAUCUGGGCUCUAAGACCUCUCCACCCUGCCAGGAGCAACAGCCAAAGACCAGUGCUGAACUAGACCACAAGGUUUGCUACCUGUGCCACAGCCUUCUAACGCUCGCCGGGGUGGUAGUCAGCUGCCAGGACAUUACUCCAGACCAAUGGGGAGAGCUGCAGCAGCUGUGCAUGCAGUUGGACCGCCAUAUCAGCACCCAUAUCCGGGAGAGCCCCCAGGCCAUGUACCGGACCAGACUCAAGGACCUGGCAGCCCAGACCUACAUCCGCUGGCAGGAGCUCCUGGCCCACUGCCAACCCCAGGCCCAGUACUUCAGCCCCUGGAAAGACUAAAGGAGCAGGGCAGGGCUGGCCCCAGGCUCUUGGCUCUGGCAGGAAGCUAACAGGGCUCAGGGGACAGGAGGAAGCUAAGAAGAGAGGCAAGAGGAGGACCAGUGUGAUGAAGCAAGAGCCUGCCUCCACAGGCCCCUGACCCCCACCAGGCAACGGAUAUGGCCUCUCCCGGCCCACCCCUCCUUCUCCUUCCCUCCCAGCCAUCUCCUUUGCCCCAAGGCCUUUGUCUCCACACUCCUGUUUCCCAGGGCCUCUUGGGCCCUCCCCACCCUCCUUCCUCUCUCCGUCACGAAUGUGAGCUUUCUUUGUGCACACUAAAGUCUUCUUUCAGUGUU